CGCCACCGAAGAAGAGAGAGAACGCCUCGGCAGGCCUGUCCGCAGCCGAGCUGGUAAUCAGUGUCGUUUCCGCGGCAGCAGUGGCCACCACGCGGCAGAUUACGCAGAUUACGCCUGCACACCCCCCGCGUACGGUUGUGACGAGCUUGUGACAGUGCGACUACCUGCUUUAGAACCGCUGGAGCAUUCCGCUUCCGGUUACUUACGAGGACAGCUCUGGCAGAACCGCCAAGUGGACGAGUGCUUCGAUUUUCGAGUGACUAGGACUAGGAUCAAACCUCGUUGUCGAAGAAACAGCUCCACUCGAUGUGAUAAUGCCAAUUCUAGACUUAGCACCCAGAGUCUACAACGUUCAGACCCGGUCGUUUAUGUCCCUUGGUCUUUGCCGAAGAACCUAGUUGACGCUGCAGAGAAACAGGCGUCAGAGAUAAACGUGACAGUGUGGAUAGUCUUAGACCUAACUCGAGAACUACAUUCUGACAAAGUAAUCUGUGUACCUUCGUCGAAUCUGACCAAAAUUGAUAGUUCCAAGGACGACUUUGAUCUUAGGUUACAGUGUUAAUUCCAGACCUAACCCAAAAGCAAUCAGAUUCCGGUUUGGAUUCGAUCAUUAUGCCCUCCAUCUCCGCUGAGGAACCCGGUCGACACUGCUAAAGAGUCCGAAGGAUGAAUUCGACGCGGUGUUAAUCAAUCUCAAUCUUCCACGAACCCCCAAAGGCGACAGAACGCUGCUACUUUGCGCUAACCCGAGAGAUUGCAGGGUAUUAGAGCAAGAUCUCGUCGGUUGAUGUUUUUGGUCGUCGAGGGUGAAACAGAAGAAACUCGAACUGUCGCAUCAGUGGGUCAAGAGAAACGUGGUCAGCCUAAGUAGUAUAAUGUUGGACGCCCGGAGGAGUCGGACCGUCAUGUUGAUCUCGUAAAGAAACUGCUUUGACUUUAAUGGGGGGAUCCGCUCGUGCCGGCUCGGUCGGUCCGCGGCGACGCGGCGGAUUCCAAGAAUAACGGGCUUUGGAAUCGCUCGGGAUGCCAACUCGUGAGAACAAUCUGGAUGACAUCGCUACGAAACUGAUCGCGAGCUGAUAAAACGACGAUCGAAAAUUCGCCGUUGCGAUGACGGUUCCGUGUUGGCUGUCGCGUUGAUGUUUAGCAAUUCGCGUCGACGCGAGCCAGCCUGUGGAUAAGGGACAGAAAUAGAGUAGGAUGAUCGUAUCGUAAAUCGUCGGUGGUCCACGGACAGUCGGGAGGAUCAAGUUGAGUGCGAAAAUACGAUGCGGGUCAAGUGAUCGUAGGUGACACCCUCGAGAUUGGCCGCUUCGAACGGGAUAAUAUCCAACGGGAUAGCGCGUAACGUUACACGGUGCCGUAGUUGAUCGAUCCAGCGAAGGAGAAGCAAAAGAGGAAGAAGAGGAAAAAAGUGGACCGGUAUGAGCAACAGCGAGGGCGUGGUGACAGGUCAGGGCACCGGGAGCGAUCGUCUAUGCGAGGACGUCGACAUGGCAACCUCAACGUCGGCGUCGUCGAACCUGAAGCCGCGAAGCGGUAAAAUCAGCUUCAGCGUGGACUCCCUGCUGAGCGACAUGAAGAAGACCGCCGUUACCGGCGGAGCGUUCGCCAGGCGCGAGAACGACGACCGAACGGAGGCGGAGAAAAACUUGGACAUGGAAGCCAGGUAUCGCGAGCUGUUGAUGGAACAGCAGAGACUACAAAGCAGAGAAUUGUUAGCGAGGUUGAGUCCGCAUGGUCUGGCGUUCGCCAAUCACCAUCAUCAUCAUCCUUCGAGUAGACUGGAUCAGGAUCACCCGUCGGCGGGCCGGCAAGAGAUCCUCACCGUGAAGGACUUCUCGAGAACGACCAGCCACGACAAGUCCUCCUCUCCAAUUAGGAUAGACCAAGAGGUUCAGAAGGAUCGAGACGAGCGACGAUUGUCCACCGGCUCGCCGGCUAACAGGAUCGCCGAAUCGAUGAUCCAGAGGGAACGCGGCCAAGAGGAUGACGAGAGGAUGGACAGGAUCGCUAAUCCGCGAUCCGUGUCGCCGGUCAGCAGACGAGAGAUCAUGGACGAUAGAAGCGACUCCGAGGCGAACCGUUCUCUGGAGGGCGACAGAGCCGACCAUCUGGAUCUCGAGGAUCAAGAGAUCAGAAGCGUGGGCCAGUCGGAGGAUCUGAACGUGAUGGACUCCGACUGCGAACUAGAGAGAGAUCUCGACAAUAACCAGGAGAAGGAGGAGAAGUCCAGUCCGGUAGUGCCUCAACCGAUUCAUCCUGGAGUUCAGAGGCCGUCACAAGGACCGCCUUACCUGACCGGGGCACCUGGUGCACCCGGAUGGAAUCCCGCGGGAUUUCCGCAUUCCCUCGCGGGAUUCGCGUGGCUACCCCCACCUCCGCACCCCCACAAUCCUCAUGGACAUCUGUACACGCCGCAUGGUGGACCUACUAGUCCGAACGGCGACUUGAGGCUGCCGGGUCCAGGUCCCGGGCCAGUCAGGUGCACCCUGAGGAAGCACAAGCCAAAUCGUAAACCGAGGACACCGUUCACCACGCAACAGCUGCUCUCGUUGGAGAAAAAGUUUCGCGAAAAGCAGUACCUAACGAUCGCCGAACGAGCAGAAUUCUCGUCGUCCCUUCACCUCACGGAAACGCAGGUGAAAAUCUGGUUCCAGAACAGGCGGGCGAAGGCGAAGCGUCUGCAGGAGGCCGAAAUCGAGAAGCUGAGGUUGUCAGCGAGGCCGUUGUUGCACCCGAGUUUCGGUUCUGGGUUGAUGUUCUCCGGAGUGGGGCCUCCAGGAACACCAGGAGUGCCUCCCUUCAUCGCGGCGGCCAUGGCUAGGCACACCCAUGUCGCGGCCGCGGCAGCCAUGUUCAUGGGGCCCCCUGGACACCGGCCUUAAUAAGGCAGACUCGAGGCUCGCGAGCCGAAGUCGCUCGUAUCCUGGCGAGUCCGCUCGAACCGUAACGCGUCGCGAGUCCGUCUCGAAGAGGAUUUCUCGAAAACCAUGGAAGUCUGCGGGAAUACCGUUUGUGAAGCACGCUGUAGAGAAAGUCGAAUUUAUUGGGCAGAUGAAAACGAUUCCUAGAAACGCUGGAGCCAAUUACCACCGUAUUUAUUGGAAGUCCAAAGAAUUCGUCAGCUGAUCGAAUCACGGACAUCACCGCUGGAAUUCCGUGGAGGUCAGAAAUUCCGUCGAGUCUCCAAAAUUGAAUCUCGAUGAAAAUCGAGUCGAUAUUAUCGCGGUUAUAUGGCGUGGAUUUUAUGGAAAGACGCAGCUGUUACCUCGCGAAAGGAUGAAUUGACGAUGACUUUUAUUGGUCACCCGAAUCAAGUGCGUUUUGAACGGUCGGCGAAAUUCGGAUAUAAAGGUUCCAAAGGGUUGGAUCACCUUAGUGAUUUAAAAAUGUAUAUUUCUCAAACCUCUAAGUGAUAAAAAUACCUCUUCGAUCUUCAAAAAUACCUUCGACAGGCAUAGUAUAAACAUUUUUCUAAACGAGUGAUCAGAAUCAUGGUUAGGUGAUCUAACCCCUUAAACGUAGGAGCAUCAAUGGCAGAUUCGUGUCUUUAUUUUUCUACGUUCAAAGUUGGAACUCUGAUUGUGAUUAAGUAUCGAGUUUAAUCCUUGUGAUAAUAACCGUGUAUUCGCGCAUUGAACUCGAGGAAUGUUCCCCAUUCUUUCGACUUGCACAAACGAUUUCCCAGUAUCGAAUCGUGAACAUCCAUUACCAGAAGGGUUAAACGAGAUGCGUACCAUAGCGAGUGACAGCAUUUAGGAGGCAUUUCAUGGCGUUGAUCUCACGGGAAACUGAUGUACAUAUUGUAAAUAGUCUUACCGUAAGUGUACGUAUGUAUAUACGCGUGUACAGGACGUUCGAUUACACUCGUAAUAAGAAAGGGGUUGUCGAAAUUUUUGAACGAUAGAUUGACUAGAUUCGAAAGAAACAUAGCGAUUCUUCUAGGAGACAGACACCUGCUUCCAAAUUGUGCGUUGAUCGAAUUGUGUACAUGUUUUAAUUUACGAUUGAAAAAAAUUCAAGCGCUUUUAAUUUUAUCCAGCGCGUAAUAUUUCAAAAAUUUGAGAGAUCUACAAGGAAG